AUGGCGUCGCCCUACCUUUGUGAUCAAGUGCUGGUCACCUUGACCGCUGUGAAUCCGCCUCCCGACUUCUCCUUUCCGACUCGUCGCCUUCUCCUUGAAUCAAACCAAUCAGUCCCUCUUGGACGUAUGAGCAAGAAAAACACCACAUAUGCUGCGACCGGAAAGAAUGGCUGGAUAGACUCCGCCGUCAUGUCCAGAACCCAUGCUUCACUUUAUUUUGAUCAACAGCACAAGGCCGUUUUCAUCAGUGAUGUCGGUUCCCUUCACGGAACCUUUUAUAACAAUACCCGAUUGAAGCCUCAUCAAAUCCAGGCCAUCAAGGACGGCGACCAUAUCCGGUUCGGCAUUCCUGUUGACAGAGGAUCAGAUAUUUGUGCUCCUUGUAUCAUGGAAGUUGGUGUUGAAUUUGGGCCGCAGGGCUCCUUUCAAGCCCCGACCGUUUUCAGAGUGCCCGAUGAGACCGAUGAGGAAGAGAGCGCCGAUGAAGAUCACGGCGAUAGUACCAUCCGACACGGCUUGCAGGUUCUGCGAGACAACAAUAUUCGCCCGGCCAAAAACUGCAUCACUCGAGAAGUUGUAACUAUUGACCUAUCUGACCACGAGAUGGGUUCGCCCGCGCCCGAGGAUCAAACAGCCUCUACCAGGUCCAUCCAGGAUCUGAUGACUGACAGGGCUGUCUCUAUCUCUGAGAAAUCUCACUCACGUAUUCCUUCUCCUCCGGGAACGAUUGAUAUCCCAGACGAUAUCCCAGAUGACAUUUCAGACGACGACGCCGUCUUCUACGAAGAUGAGUAUGAGGGGGAGUACAUGUCUGAGUCUGAUGAUGAUUCCCACGGCCAGUCUUCACUAGAAGACACUCAUCUUGAUCACCCUUUACAUCACAAUCUCUUGGACAGCGAUCAGCAUGUCCCUCAUAUCGAAGCGACGGAAAUUCAUGAGGCAGAAAUCUUUGAUCGGUUUGAAAACCAUUGCCUGCCUCCCAUCAUGAACUUCUCGCUGCCAAAUGCAGCCUCUGCUCCAAAUCAACCCUUGCCUGGCGUGCAGCUGCCGUCCCUCUUUGACACUUUCCGAUCGCAGGAAAUAUCCACGGGUCAAAAUAACACCACAUACACUCACACCAACGAAACAGAUACUCCAAAUCAAUCUUUCGUUAGUGUCCCCACGGCUCCUGAGCCAGUCGAGAACAGAUUCUGGCCCGUAGACGUUGCCCAGAGUCGAGCAACUGAGUCCAGUCUUCUGUUGGACUCGGGAGCCGAGUUCCUCAAGUCUCCACUCAAAGAACAUCUUGAGGUAAACAUAAGAUCGGAAGAACAUACUCUUGACUAUGACGAAUCUUCCGCCUACCAAUUCGAGGUAACCAAAGCGGCUCUUCAGCAACAGUGGCAGAAGAAGCAGCCGAUUCAGCAAGACGAACCUAUCCAGCAAGACGAGCCGAUUCAACAAGACGAGCCGAUUCAACAAGACGAGCCGAUUCAACAAGACGAGCCGAUUCAACAAGACGAGCCGAUUCAACAAGACGAGCCGAUUCAACAAGACGAGCCGAUUCAACAAGACGAGCCGAUUCAACAAGACGAGCCGGCUCAGAAUCAGCAACAGCAGCCGCAGGCUGAGCUUAGAAGCGUCCACACGGACGCUGAUCAGCCUAUGGAGUCUCCAGAGAAGGCGGUUAGAAACAAACGCAAGGCAAUGGAAAUUUCCGAAAUGACCGCCGAGGAAAUACCCUUUGCCGAGCUCACCCCAGCUCGAGAUAAAUCUCCACCUUCUGCAAAGCCUAGGUCUGUUGACGAUUCUGCAAUGGACAUCUCUCCCGUUGACGUCCACUCCGGAACUGAGGAGCCGCAAGUGAAGCGACUGCGCAAAGCUGCUGAAAUUUUUGGAUACGCGGCACUUGGAGGGGUUGCUGUCAUGUCUGCCUUGAUUGCCACUGCCCCAACACUAUAA